AUGAAAGCAUACCGGUACGCGUUGUACAGGAGAACACGCCGACUCCGACUAGCCCUUUUCUUUGUCCUCCUUGGAUGGACGCUAGUAGAAGUGCUACGCAUUAAAUACACGCUUGUGCAACAAUCACAGCCCGAGUUGGUUGCACUAGGAAGUGAAAAGAUCUACAUCACCGGCCUUCACUGGAACAGCGAGCUGAUCCUCCGGGACGCCUGGAUCGCCGCCGUGGUGGACCUGGCCAAUACAAUCGGCCGGGAUAACGUGUUUGUCAGCAUACAGGAAAGCGGCAGCUGGGACGAUACCAAGGGUGCAUUGAUUCUCUUAGAUCAAUUGCUGGCGGAAAAUGAUAUUCCAAGGAGAAUUCUCAUCGAUUAUACCACUCAUUUCGACGAGAUCAGUAAGCCUCCCACCGGUCAGGGGUGGAUUGAGACGCCGAUUGGGACGACUGAGCUGCGCCGGAUACCGUAUCUGGCCAAAUUACGGAAUGUAGCAAUGGAGCCGUUGUAUGAACUGCAGAACGAAGGUAUUGUGUAUGAUAAGAUCUUGUUUCUAAACGAUGUGAUAUUCACCACCUCCGAUGUCCAACGGUUACUCUCCACAAAGGGAGGCAACUACGCCGCAACAUGCUCACUCGAUUUCUCCAAGCCCCCAGAUUUCUACGACACCUUCGCUCUCCGCGAUGCAGAAGGCCAUGACAUGCUCAUGCAAUCGUGGCCCUACUUCCGAUCUCGGGCAUCUCGUCAAGCCAUGAAAGCCAGUCAACCCGUGCCUGUCUCAAGCUGUUGGAAUGGCGUAGUGGCAAUGGAUGCAGCCCCUUUCUACCAACACCCACCCUUGAAGUUCCGGGGUAUCUCCGACAGUCUUGCAAAAUCUCACUUGGAAGGCUCCGAGUGCUGCCUCAUCCAUGCAGACAAUCCCUUAUCAAGGGAGAAAGGGGUCUGGCUUAACCCCAACUCUGGACGCGGUUGUGGAAGUGGGAAAAGCAGUCGGGCGGAAAUAUGGAAUCUGGGCCUUUUUGUCUUAUAA